AAAUAUUAAAUAUACAUGUGAAUAGGGUACAAUAUAUCACCAUGAAACUUCCUCAGUGGAUUAUUUACAUGAGGACAAUUAUUAUUUAAGUUUUCUGAAAUUGUGUGUAAAAUAAGCAAAUCAAACGUAAUCUAAUUCUAACUUUUGGUAUAUUUAGCAGAAAUCUACAGAAACAAAUAGACAAAAAGUGGUAAAAUAAAUCUGCCUCUGCUGAAAAACAGACAUCUUAUGGAAGCAAAAUAACCCAAAGUUUCCUAAUUGACCAGUGUACUUAAAAAAAAACGUAUGUUGUACUUCCUCCACGUCAGAUAUAAAAUAAGGCCACUUAAGAAGACUGAACUGUUUACAACAUUUUGGCUUCAGUGCCUACAUGAAUAACUAACUUGAAGUUACUUAGUAUUGUUUUCUCUCUCUCUCGGCCAUCCAGUGCUCCACACAAUGCAAUAAGGCAUCACAAGACACCUGUUGGAUCUGGUUGCCGCCAUGGCCCAUCGCUCAUAUUACAGCUUGCAGUGCUGGAGAGGGGAGCAUUACUCUGGAGCUCUGCAUGCACACCUAUGGAUGCUGUUUGAAAAGUCCUCAGCAUGCCGUCGUCCAACCAGGGCUGGCCUGAGGAGUUCGGCUUCCAGCUUGGUGGCAAUGGACCCAGCUACAUCCUGUCUGUGGAGGAGGGCAGCAGCGCACACCUGGCUGGGUUGCAGGCAGGGGAUCAGGUCCUGGAGAUCGAGGGCCACAAUGUGUCAACGCUGGGUCCCCAAGCUGUCGUCGCCAUCGCCCAGACUCAGAAGAACAUCCCUCCCAGUAUCGGAGUGGUGUCCCGCAUUCAGCAGAUGGACAUCGUACCUGGUCCGGAUGGUCGUUUUGGGUUCACCAUCGUGGGAGACUGCCCCCUGCUGGUGGAGGACUGCUCGCCUUGCUCUCCAGCCGGCCGCGCAGGCCUGCGGGCCGGGGAUUACGUCAUGGAGGUCAACGGAAUCCCCGUCAGGCAGCACGAGACAGCCGCGGCGCUGAUCAAGGCCUCCCAGGGCAGGACGCUCCGUUUGGGGGUGCUGUGUCUCGGCCCGAGGCAGAAACGCAGCAUCAGCAUCGAGGACAGUCAAAUGGGAGGAGAGGGAGCGAGACUGGACCGUAAACAUAAAGCUCUGGAGUUCAACAGGAGGGUUGACCAGAUUUUAGGUGACGAACCUGAAGUGAAAGAGAAACUCUUCACUGUGCUGAAGCAGUAUGCAGCGGAGAAGAGAGUGGAGUGGUUGGCCUCGGCCCUGCCUGACAUUCUCACCACUGAUGAGCAUCGGCAGCUCAUUUCCAGCAUCAGAAUCUUCAUUCCCAAGAAGCACCGGCAGCGCUUCGACGAGGCCGUGAACCAGAACGUGGCGAACCGGCUCUGCCGCAGCAAGAGCAUCAGCGAGCCGCAGGGCAGGAUCCGGCGGAGUCGGAGCGAGGAUCACUCCGAUCGCCAUCGUGGGUCCAAACGGGCCAGCUCAGUGCCCAGAGAUGGAGAACCCGGGGGGAGGGGGGAGGCGGAGAGAGACAGGGGCACGAGGAAGUCCGUCUCUGGGAUGCCCGCACAUCCCCCCAUUGGACCCAAUCAGAGGGUGGUUCGUGUCUACCGGGGGAAGAAGAACUUCGGCUUCACGCUGCGAGGCCACGCCCCCGUCUGCAUCGACUCCGUUAUCCCAGAUAGUCCUGCUGAGGAAUGUGGACUGAAAACAGGCGACCGUAUCCUCUUCCUCAAUGGACUGGACAUGAGGAACUGUUCCCAUGAGAAGGUGGUGUCCAUGUUGCAGGGCAGCGGGGCGAUGCCCACCCUGGUGGUGGAGGAGGGUCCAUCUGAAUACUCCUCAGACCAAACCGACCCAGAGGAGUCUCCAAGCCUGCCACCCACCACGUUACCGCGCUCCAGGUCUCCAGCCCUCAGCUCUCUGCAGUGGGUGGCAGAGAUUCUUCCACCAAGCAUUAAAGUCCACGGGCGGACCUUCAGCCAGCAGCUGGAGCACCUGCUGACCAUCCAGGAGAGGUACACAGUCUGCAAGUCCCUGGAGACCUUCUUCCAGCACAGGAACGUGGACACUCUGAUAGUAGACGUGUUUCCGGUGUUGGACACUCCGGCCAAACAGCUGAUCUGGCAGUUCAUCUACCAGCUACUGACGUACGAUGAGCAGGAGCGCUGCCAGGGCAAGCUGUCCCGCUUUCUUGGUUUCAAGAGCAGUGCAGUGUUGGAGCCUGACAUAGGCCCGGAGCACCACCGGCGGAGCAGCUCCAUGCGUGUGACGGGAACAUCGUACCGUGGCAGCAUCAGAGAGAGAAGCUCUGAUGAUUGCAUCAUCGGGACUCACCUGGGAAUGGGAAUUCAUGUGGAUGAAUCCGGGAACCCGGAGGAGAGGCAGUCAGGAGAUGGAACCUCCUUCCCCGAGUCCCCUGACCUCAAUCAUAUGACAGGGGUGUACACAGAGCUGGAGACCGUUUACCCAGGGAAGAGUGUGUCACCGCUGCAGGGCGGCUCUUCCGCAGAGCCCGAGGGCCAGGGACAGACUGAGGCCUACGGGCGCCCUCUGUCCCCCCUCACACUCCCCCCUCUUACAGGUAACCGUAAAUCGGGCCUUUCCCUGUCCUGGAAGGAGCCUCUCCCCACUCCUGUGUACGAGAUCCACCACCAGAGCAGCGUGGACUCCAACCCUUACGUCAGCCUGGAAAGCCCCCCGGCCUCCCCUCAGCCCUCGGAUAGCGGCCCCAACACGCUGACACGCCGCAAGAAGCUGUUCACCUUCUCCCGCCCGCCCCGCAGCCGGGACACGGACAAGUUCCUGGAUGCUCUGAGCGAGCAGCUAGGCCACCGGGUCACUCUGGUGGAUGACUUCGUACACGGGGAGAACGACUAUGAGGAGAUGAGUUUCCAGGAGGACCAGGACCUGGGCUUCAUCCCCCGGCAGCUCAGCAGCGGCAGCGAAGAGGAGCACAGUAGCAGCGACGAGGCCUCCUCCCCCACCUACUCCUCAGGAUCCGAGGCCAUCCCUCCACCUCCCACCCAGAGCCCCCCGCCUCCCCCGCCUUUCCAGUCUCUGAUCCCGCCCCCUGUCCAGUUCACUGACCCCCUGCCGCCGGUCCGCUUCUCCCCAGAGCACGUCCCCCGCAGCCGGAUGCCCUUCCAGCCGCACCACCCCAUCAUCCCUCCGCCUCCGCCCCCUCCGAGGACCCUCCUGUCCAGCCGCUCUCCUCUCCACAAAGGGCCCCCAAACAGAGACGAAGCGGAGAAAACUCACCCGCGCUUCCAGCCCACCACCCGCCUCUCGCACGGCCACACCAACCUGGGCUCCUCCACCCUGCGCUCCUCCCAGCCGUCCCGCCCCUGCUACCUGCCCCGGCAGCUGAGCCAGCCCCAGCCCAUCCUCCACACGUCCCCCCAGCCCUCCCCGCAGCCGCUCAGACCCAGCCAGCUCGUCCUCCAGAGGCACCACCAGCUCCACCACCAACACAGCUACCAGGGCCCGCUGCCGCCGUCCCUCCAGGAACACGGCUCGUCUCAGAGUCAGAGUCAAGGCCCCGCGGGCUCCACGCUGCACUCCAAGCCUCCGGCCUCUCACUCCACCCUCCCCACCCACACCAAGACCUAUGAAACCCCUCGGCAGGAACACCCGUCACAACAGGCACCGCCACCCCCACCUCCACCCCUGCCCCCACCCUGUGACCCGCCUCCGCUGCCCAAGCAGAGCUCCCAGGCCUCGGACACCAACCACAUGAGUGUGAAGAGGCUGCGCUGGGAGCAGGUGGAGAACUCUGAGGGAACCAUAUGGGGUCAGCUCGGAGAGGACUCAGACUACGACAAGCUCACUGACAUGGUGAAGUACUUGGACCUUGAUCUGCACUUUGGGACACAACGGCGGCCCAUCUCUCCUCCAGAGCCAGCCUUCUUGCCGGAGAACUUUAAAAAGAAAGACGUGGUGGAGAUUCUGUCUCAUAAGAAAGCCUACAACGCCUCCAUCCUCAUCGCUCAUCUGAAGCUCUCCACCGGCGAGCUGCGUCAGAUCCUGAUGAACAUGACCACGGAGCGGCUGGAGCCCGCCCACAUCAAGCAGCUGCUGCUCUACGCGCCGGACGACGACGAGGUCAAACAGUACGAGCGGUUUGAACAGGACCCGGCCAAACUGAGCGAGCCCGACCAGUUCAUUUUCCAGAUGCUGAUGGUGCCAGAGUAUAAAACCCGUCUGCGGAGCCUCCACUUUAAGACCACCCUGCAGGAGAGGACGGAGGAGAUGAAGGUUGCGUACGAUUACAUCUACAAGGCUUCGGUGGAGCUGAAGAGCAGCAAGAAACUGGCCAAAAUCCUGGAGUUUGUUCUUGCAAUGGGGAAUUACCUGAAUAAUGGCCAGCCAAAGAGUCACAGGACAACCAGUUUUAAGAUCAACUUCCUAACUGAGCUAAGCACAACCAAAACAGUAGACGGGAAAUCCACCUUCCUCCACAUUCUGGCCAAGUCUCUGUGCCAACACUUCCCCGAGCUGCUCAACUUUUCCAGAGACCUGACAACAGUGCCUCUGGCAGCCAAGGUGAACCAGAGGGCCAUCACAGCAGAGCUGAGUGACCUCCACAACACCAUCCUGGACAUCAGGAAGUCCUGUCUGAAGAUCCCGCCCACCUCCGAGGACCACUUUGCCUCCGUGAUGAGCAGCUUCUUGGAGAACAGCCACCCUGCGAUCCAGUCUCUGGAGUCCCUGCAGACCCGAGCUAUGGAGGAGUUCGCCAAGGUGGCCUCCUUUUUCGGAGAGGACAGCAAUUCGGCCAGCACCGAGUCCUUCUUCGCCAUCUUCGCUGAGUUCAUUUGCAAGUUUGAGAGAGCUCUCAAUGAGACCCAGACUCCAGACAACCCCAGAAGCCCCAGACUGUCUUCCCCUCUGGCCUGGUAGAAGUUAGGAACAGACGGACGUCGGGCCAAACCGACAGGCCGGGCGGCACCAUUUUUCACUCUGCUCUCCACAACCAAAGUGCCAAGAUCACACACAGAGACACUCAGAGAGCACGUCAUCUAUAGCAAACAGGAUGGAACCACACUGUAUCUAUCUGUAGAUAAUCGGCUAAUGAGUGCCCCGUGUGCUACAUUACUGAUAUUUCAGGUGCUGGGUAGAGCAGGAACAUUCAGGAACUCACCGCACACUGACCGCUCCAGCCAGACUUCACAUUAUUUACAUCUUUGGAACACAAACUGACAUGUAAGUAAUGAAAACACCUGGUCUGGAUAUUUAGAUUAUGUUUAAUACAUACAUGACUAUAUAAAGUUUAUAUUUUCUAUCAGAUCAUAUUUGAAAAUUGUAAAGAUUAAGCAUAGAUGUAGACUGACGACAGUUAUCUAGGAGCGAGGUGACUCACAGUGUAGUUUAGUUAGCGUGUACGGAGCCAGGCAGUUCAUACAGUGGUGCGUUCACUGCCCCCCCAUACUGCAGGAUCUUCUUUUUUUAGAAAUAAUUAAUUUAGAGUUUUUUCCAACGUCAUGUGUCCACAUUAAUGGUCCAGACUUAAACUUAAUGUGGACUUAAUGUAAACUACUGUGAAUUUAAAGGGCAUCUAUUCUAUUAUGGGAAUUAUAAUGACAUAAAGAGUUAAUAGUUUCCUGUUCUUGUACAGGGAGUGAAGGUCAAGUCAUCCACACAAAGCUCUGCUUUUGUUCUUUGCUGUACACUGAAUGUUACAUUGCUAAUUUCUCUUUUAGGAUUUUGUAUGGAAGUUAAACAUUACCAAACAAACACAAAUCCUUACUGAAUUCUUAAUAUUAUAAUUAAAGUCUAAUCUAUAAAACUGAAAUAUUACUAUCUAUUCUGAAUUUAAAUGGUUUGAAUUCCCAUCUUUGAUAUUUCCAGAAUUUUUUUUAAUUUUAUUUUUCAGUUUCAAAAAUUUAGAUGAAAAAAAGUUGUGGUUAACUUUAGCUUCAACUCCUUAUACAAGUGUAAUUAAGGAUGAAGACAUCAUUACAUAUUCUUGUAUAUUUGGAUUAUUUUAAGAUGGAGGUAAAACAAUGCCCUAAAGAUUUAACUUUUUUAGAAAUAUCAGAAUACCCAAUUGCAAAUUUUAAUCACUACUGAAUUCUCAAUAUUGAAUUGACAGCAUGAAAUAUUACUAUCUAUUCUGAAUUUAAAUUGUUUGAAUUCCCAUCUUGGGUUGAUUGUACCUUUUUUUAUUUCUGGGGGGUUCACAAAUUUAGACAAAAAAAUUAGGUUGUGGUUAACUUUAGCUUCAGCUCCCCAUACAAGCGUGAUUAAGGAUGAAGACAUCAUUACAUUUUUAAAAAUAUUUUUGCUUCAGUGGUUAUCCAUAUUUCUUUAGAGGGAGUUUUACGCCUCGUUUCCACACAGUUCUGUUUACAUGCGAGUCACCUGUAAGGCCAUUAAUAUAUAAUAUAUUAAUAUAUAACGGGAACCUCUGUGAUCCACAAUAUGGUGAUCUGACUCAUCUACAGUACAGUGUACCUGUAGCUGUGUUGUAUUUAUGUCAAUGAACUAUUGUUGUAAAUUUACAGAUUUUUGCUAUGCACUGCUCAUCAUUUUUCUCUUUUUGUAUUCUCCUCUAAGUCCUGGUUUAUUUUCUCAUUCAAAAGUCCCACCAGGAAACGUACCGUUAGCAUUUUAUGCUAACUGCCUGUGGAAUUCGCUAGCAGGCUGUUUUAUUAAAAUCAGCUGUGUCGCUAUACUGUUAGUCAAAUAGUGUUAUUGAAUAACUCACAAGAAACUAGUUAAGCUAGUUUAACACAUUUUGAACUUGAGGGAUAUUUUGUGAAAACACCUAAAUGGAAGUUAAUAUUGGGAGAGUUCAUUAUUACAUUCAUCUGUUUAUAUAUUAGGUGUAUUACGGUAAUGCUCCAUGUGCAUGUUCCAUAACGACGGAUGGCAAAAACAACACAAAUUUAACUUUUUUAUCAUCUCUGCGUUGGUGUUCCUAUCCAUCCAUUAAGAGAUGCAUUUCCUUGUGUUAAAAACUUUGGAGCAUACUAUGUAUUCUAUAUUCAAAAAAACAAACCUGUGUGGAAACGAGGCGUUGAGCAGCCACUGAAAUGUGUCCAAUCACAGGAACUACAAAGCCUCUAAACAACAGGAUGUCCUUCAAUCUGCAUUGUGAUUCUUCUGCCUGUGAGGACGCCAAAUGCAUUCAGUAAACACAUAUUUAUUUGCAUAACAUCAUUGAAAACACCUUUCACAGUGAGGCAACACUGACUACAUCAGCACAUGGACAAACCUGGCUCAAAAAUCAUCUGUUUCAUAAAACUAUGUGGGUGGAACGUCUUGUUUUGUCGGUACAGGAAGACGAGAGGCAGCUUUAAUGUGAAAAGGCUUCUGGGUAGAGGACUGCUAAUAGAUCUGCACUUUGUUCAUUAUCUCUCGAGUGUUUCUGAACACAGCCCGGCUGCUCAAUGAAUGAACGCAUGUGGGGGAAAAAAACAACCUACUGUAAAUGGUCAUUUCCUGCUUCUCUGGUCGUCAUGGUGAUCUGACUCAUCUACAGUACAGUGUACCUGUAGCUGUGUUGUAUUUAUGUCACUGAACUAUUGUUGUAAAUUUACAGUUUUUGCUAUGCACUGCUCAUCAUUUUUCUCUUUUUGUAUUCUCCUCUAAGUCCUGGUUUAUUUUCUCAUUCAAAAGUCCCAUCAGGAAACGUACCGUUUUAUUUAUUCUUUACGCGCAGCUUUAGUCAGGCUUACGAGGCGACUGAUCUCGUAACGACGUAAUCCUAGCUGCUACUAGUGUGGUAACAGUGUUUCUCGUCCAAAUCAAAUGCAUGUUGGUGCAGUUAAUGUAUUAAGAUGUGCAGCUGGUAGCAUUUCCCCUCCCUGGAUAUUUUAGGUUUAAAAUAAACACUUCUGUUGGUCUAUUUA